UCGAUACCCGUAUAAUCAGUUUUUUCUGCUCUGCACUAGCAAUGGCGAAACUGUGGCUCUUGAGACACGGCGAAUCGGAAUGGAACCUCCAGAAUCGCUUUACCGGUUGGACUGACGUUGGUCUCAGCGAUCGCGGCAAGGCGGAGGCUCUCGAAGCGGGCGAACAACUGAAAAACGUCAAACUCGAUACUCUCUACACAUCCGUGCUGAGUCGAGCGAUCGACACGGCUAAGUUGGCUCUAGGAGCGUCCGGCCACGGGUUCGAUAGCCUUCCGCGGUUCGAGGAUCAGGCGUUGAACGAAAGACACUAUGGUGACCUUCAGGGCUUGAACAAGGCGGAGAUAGGUAAGCAGUAUGGUCAGGAGCAGCUGCACAAGUGGAGGAGGAGUUACGACGUGCAGCCACCCAACGGCGAGUCGCUUAAGGACACUAAAGAUCGUGUCAUGCCUUACUGGGAGACUAAGAUACUGCCCGAUCUGAAGGCCGGCAAGCAUCUCCUCAUCUCGGCACACGGCAAUUCUAUUCGUGCGUUGGUCAUGGUGUUGUCCGACUUCACACCUGAAGUGAUUCCAUCAAUCGAGAUUCCUACCGGAUACGCGUUUUCAUACACAGUACAACCAGAUGGCUCUGCCACUUGUGAUGUCAACAUUAGAGAGCUGAAUGGUGUGGUAAAGAAGAUGAGAGAAGAGAAGGCUGCCAAGUUAAGCAGCUGAAUUGAACAACAAAUUCUACUCUAGUCGUCUACUGGGAUCUUCUAAUUGUGUGACUAGAAUGUUUGUUGAAUUUAUUCAUAUCCAGGCAUCCAUUGUUGAGUUAUGUAGAUGGCUAGAAAUACAUGAAUGUAUAUGCAAUUCUGCUUACAUGUUAGCAGCAGCUCACAAAAUUGAAUAAAAGCAACUCAUUCGACAUGUAUUUUGGAAGAAAACA